CUACCUUCGACACCACCCACACACUAAUCAUCGGAGAACCUGAACGAGAUUAUGGAUAAUUCCACCCUCAAAACCAUCCUCACCCCGGACAAUUUCCACAAUGCACAUAUGGUCUCAGGGGCUACCUCCCCGGGUGGUGAACCUGCUGCUGCUGGCCUGAACGGGAAUGGCGAACCCAAGGCACGAGUCCGACCUCGUACAUACCCAUACUUUAAAUACCUGCCAUAUUCAUUGGAGGACGAAGCACAGAGAGAGAAGAAUUUCCGGGAGAUAUUAAAUCACCUGUAUGUUGCGGUGGAGGCUGGUGACUUCAGUCCUGGUGCCGUCCACUGGACCCGCGAGCUCAGAGGAUGGUUAUCACUCAAGUUUGAUCCGACUCGCAGCCAGCGGAUCAGCCUUGUUCGGCUGUACUAUGAGCUUUCCCUGGCCCCGGGCAUUGAUCCCAAUGUUUCGGAGCGAUUUGCUAGCAUGUUCAUGCUCCUCACCAAACGCAAGCACUACCUGAGACCGGUCAAGGACCUAGUAUUGGACUGGCGGCCUUUGUACAGAGAACUGAAGGCCUUUGUAUUACCAACGGAAUCGGGUCUUGUGCAUUCUUCAAAUCUGAAGCGAAAUGUCAAGACUCUGACGAAGCUCUGUGCAUUCAUUCAGCUAUACAUCGACCCUUGCGAGCUACCAGCCAUGCUUGAAGAAUUUCUUCCACACUACACGACCUCCUUCUCUGAGGGAGCGUUUGUAGUGGUUGGCCUGAUCAAUCUCCUCCUUCCCACAUCGCCACCGCCGGAGUCCAGAGAGGACCUCCUCCCACAGAAUUAUUUCCCUACUUACUUCCAUCUCUGGUCCUUGGUCAGUCGGUCAAAGACUUUCGACAUUACCUUCCUAGACUAUCUUUCUCGCUCGGCUCGCGAUUCGCUACCUGCUAGCCACAUUCCUUUCUCCGAGUAUGGUAUCUUUACCAAGGAACAAUCGUCCUUGGUUUUCACUGCCAUCCUGCGCCUGUUAGAAAUCCCAGUAGGGCAGUCCACCUCACCCUAUAGUGCUCUUGUGGACAUAUCUUCAGGGUUGGGGAUCAUGCUCGAUAGAGAUACGCGGAAGCAUCCUGUAGCCCAUCAUAUCGCUCGGUGGAUUGUCAUGUCACUCUCUCCGGCAUGUGUUGACGCAGAAGAGUCGAUUCUGACCCAGCUUGAAGGCCUGGUACAGGCCGUGGAGACCUUCUUCCAUCCCUCUAACUCUGGGAGCUGGACCAAAACACUCGCACAGUUGGUAUAUUACCUCACUGAUUUCUUCGUAAUGCGUUGGAACAGGGAACAGAGUGGGGAGAUGGAGGUACCGGAGGAACGGAGGCUGAAUGAAGCUUUAAAACGUCGUUUUGUUCUCUGUAUCCGCGACGUCAUCUUUAUGGGGAUCUACUCCAAGAGCGGAACCGCCAUGAGCUUCUCAUUGUCCACCCUUCAAGGGUUAGCCUAUCUAGAACCGCAUCUGAUUCUCCCGGGCGCCUUGCAAAGAAUUUAUCCAUCUCUUCAGGGCUUGGUUGAGGUCCAUCGAACCACAUCCUCUCUUCGGGCUCUCCAGGUUCUUUCGCGCAUCAUUUCCCGGACCAAGGGAUAUCGGUGCCAUUUGACCACUUUGCUUGGAUUGGCCCUGCCAGGCAUUGAUGCCAAUGAUCUGGAAAAGUCCCUUCAUGCGCUAUCGUUCAUCCAAUCUGCAUGCUAUAACAUACCUAUGGCAGACUUGACCAAAGGAAGGGAGGAGGUGAAUUCCAACAUGCUGGCCAUGCAAUGGGUGCCUGGUGAGAUGGAACGAAUGGAAGAAGAGGGUGUGCAAGUGCAGUUGAAUUAUGACAAAGACCUUGAUGAUGAAACCGAAGAAUUGAUCCUGCGUUCUUCCACAUGUGGUUUCGGUGACUUUAUUAUCUCUUUUCUGGGUCGAGUCUUCACUCUGCUGGAGAAUCUGCCGGAUGUCACCCGGGUGCGAAACGGAUCGCCCGAGGAGAAUAUUGUCAACACGCUGCCCGCGACUUUCAUGCCCCUCCUUUCCUCUCUCUCUCCAGAAUAUUACGACAUCGCAUUGUCGAAGGUGGUCGACUUUGUCUCAAACCAUGUCAUCCACCAAGCUCGGGAUGCUAUGGCCUUUAUUUGUAACUCUGUCUGCAAAGUCAACCCCGAAAGGGCUCUGAAGCGGUUCAUUCCGGUGUUGACCCAGGCCAUCCGUACGGAGAUUGACGACAAUGGCGCCGGCUCAACCAGAACAACCGGCACUGAUGUCUUACCGCGCGAUCGUGGCCUAGUUUGGAACAUCAGUAUGCUUAGCAUGUGCGUGGUGCAUGUUGGAGAUGCUGUCCUUGCUCAUAAGAAAGAACUCUUUGAGAUUGCAGUUUACAUGCAGCAGAAGUGCCGGGGUAUACCCACGGUGCAUAUUUCCAACUUUAUCCACCACCUCUUGCUUAAUCUCACUGGCACGUACACGUCGGAUUAUUCGCUGUAUGAACCUGAGAUCGUGGCUCGGGGGAUUCAGCCCGAUCUGUGGAGUUACCGGCCGGAUCCCCAGAACCUCACCGUAAAGUGGCACGUUCCAAGGUGUGAGGAACUCGAAUUUGCCGCGGAACUUUUCCAGAACCAGGCUGAGGCUGCUUUGAAGCAGUUAACCGCUUUGACAGACGGAACAUCCAGUGUUAAGCGGGAUGGAAGCGGCAAGGAUUGGUCGGAUGAAGUUAUCAGAAACCUGAUUCUGCUGCGACUCAUCCUCUCGGGCAUUUCCGUGCUCUUUGACUCCAAAGCCGCAUCUAAGACCAAGGAUGCCGCUACCAAUGGAGCAUCCGCAAAAUCGAACGAUAUCGAAAUGGUGGAUGCCAAGGAUGGUGUAGAAUCGCCCGGGGUAGGAGAUGAAGACGAAGCUUCUUCGCUCGACACCUCGGAUGACGGCACUGUCAGAGAGACCUUCCCAUACCCGACUGGCUACCCAUUACAAGAAAGUGAUUCUAUCUAUAUCACGAUUCAUGACAUUAGGGAGCGGGCAGGAUGGGUUCUUCACAAGGUUCAUCGGUAUCUGUCUGACAAGCAGGAGGACGAUGUGCCAUGCUUUAGUGCUCUGUACUCAGCAUACAGGUCCUGGUUCGUCGAUGUUGGAAUUGAAAGAUCUGCUCAUGUUUUAGAUCGGGUUACGCGCCUUCUUCUUGCCGAUAUCCACCCUUACAAAAUGAGCGGAAUACGGAAAGAUUAUCCUCGUCCUCUGCUCGUCCGACGAGCCAAUAUGUACCAUCUGCAACGCUUGAGGCACAACGCAGCUCCUCGAUGCCGAUCUGAGUUGGACGAGAUAUUGCUGCUAGAUAUUGCCGAGUCUUGUGUCUCUUCCUACACGGAGACACGCCGCAACGCUCAAAGCGCCGGGGAAUCAGCCCUCAAAGCCGUGUGGGGCUCUCGGCUGCUUGUGAUCCCCCCUCUUCUCAAGGCUCUUCAGAAAGGCAUCAAAGAGAACGACUACGCCCGAAUUAAGGGUGCGCUGUAUUCUCUGCUUUUGAGCAGCGUUGCGAGAACUGUCGGACGUCACUGGAAAUAUGCACCCGCCUUGAUCAGAACCUUCAUUGAUGCGAGCGCCGUUGAUAAACCCUCCGUACAGAGAAUUUGCUCGAGUGUGGUAUAUCAAAUCAUGGACUAUGGCCGGCCUUUGGAGAGAAUGGCUAUUUUGGACCGGGAUAUCAUUGAGUCGAUCGCACCCGUGCAGGGCGUCAACGACCGGGUCUUGCAGAAACGUAACAGCAUCAACAACAAGCGCGCCCUGAUCGAGAAGAAGAAGGCCGCUCUGGCCGAGGAAUUGAUAGGCCUCGCGAAGGCUUCUCACUGGAAGGUUGCUAGUCGAGCGGCUAUUAUUGUGAUCUCGAUGGGUCUUAGGUUUGAUUACAUCGCAAGCGAGAACCUGAUAGAGUUGGUAACUCAGGGCUCUAUUGAUGACCAUCCUGGUUUGCGUGGUACAUAUUCUCAGGGACUCACCGCUCUGUUCACGAUGCUCGAUGUCCGCGCAAUCUGUGGCCACGAAUACAAGAACUACAUUUUGGGUAACCAGAACUUCCCAUCCAAGAUCAAGGUGGCUACCAAACGACAUGAACAGGGAUGGACUGAGCAGUUCCUUGCAAACUUUGCCAACCCUGAAGCCGAAUACUACGUUGACCAUGAUUUCCCGGGGUGGCUUGUGUGGUCAGAUCACAUGCCUGCGUACAAGCCCAAUGUGGAACGCGACAUCGAAUACGAUGAAGUUGAAUGGAAAGUGCGCUCUCGCAUGGGCAAAUUAUUUACCAGAGCCUGGUUUUCCAAGUUUUUCAUGUAUCUCAAACAGGAGCCGCGCGAUCCUUCUGCCGAUAAAUUCCGCAUGCCAUGUGCGAUGUUGCUGCUCUACGCUUUCGAGCUAAUGCUGCGGGAUGGACUCACUGCUGCUAGCUUUAAAGAUAUUCAAGAGGAAGUAGAAGCGGUGUUCGAGGACGGCAGUGAUAAGCACCAGCAUCGCGCUACUGCAGAGAUUCUUGGUGCUUUGAUAAGCUCUGUUGCAGAUACCAGUGUUGACAAGCGAACCUUGGUCUGGGAAUAUGCAUUCCCAAUCGUACAAAAGAUAUUCACGGAUGGACUAACGCCAGAGAACUCUGGGUACUGGACGACUUUCCUUCACAUGAUACUUCAAUGCCGUGACCCGCGACGAGUCUGGCCCCUGGUCGAUUGGCUGGCAAGCUUCCGACUGGAUAUGUCAACGAACGCAGCUUUCAAGGAAAGCUCCAAAAUCCACUUGUUACACCAGUCCAUUAUCGACGCAGGCUGGCAUUUCCAGCUGGACAAGCCUAUUCUUGCUGAUUUUCUUGCGCACCUUGAUCACCCUUAUAAGGGUGUUCGCGAAGCGAUGGGUCAGACAAUCGCUACUCUAUUCCGCACACGGUAUCACGAAUCACAUGCAGACAUCCAUAGUUUGCUGACGGCACAGAAGUCUUCUUCAUCGGUUGGUACAUAUCCAUACCUUCCUGACAAAGACUUCAGCGAGACGAUCCACGAAGUCUUUGGCCGGAUUGAGAAAUGGCGGCAUGAGCGGACACCAGGUCAACAGACCCCGUCGUCCUAUACCUCGGGAAGCAAGACAGUUCUGCUUUGGCUCGAUUCUACCCUAUCUUCUCACGAAUGCACGCAGCUAGUCUCUUUCUUCCCAGAUGUCUUUACCGGGCAGCUUUUGCAUAUGAUGGAUGUCAAAGAAGACCCUGAACUGCAGUCCUUGGCGUACCAUGUUUUCCGGCACCUGCCUAACAUCCCUUAUCCUGCUGAGGAGAGCUCGGAAUUUAUUAAAUCCCUAAUUCUUAUCGGACAGACAUCGCCUUCCUGGCACCAACGGUUGCGCAUCAUGAUUAACAUUCAGAUCAUCUAUUUCCGACGGCUGUUCUUGCUCUCUGUGGCUGAUCGCAAUAAGCUCUUCGAGUGUGUGGCAAGCAUGUUAGAGGAUCCACAGCAUGAAGUGAGAGCUGGAGCUUCGGCGACCUUGUCAGGAAUGGUGCGUUGCUCGCCUGAGUCGCUCCGAAAGGAUAUAAUCCCCCAACUUAAGAGGCGAUUUACGAAGAUACUGGUCGAGAAUCCUCUCCCCAAGAAACCCAAGGCCCUCCGUACUGCUAGCGGUUUAACAUCUCCGGCAUCUUCUGGCACUGGCACACCAACCCCUGAGCAUACUCGAUUGAUCCUUGUCAGACACGGUGCUAUUUUAGGUCUUGGAGCCCUGAUUCAGGCUUUCCCCUAUAGCAGUCCGCCCCCAGUUUGGAUGCCUGAGGCAUUGACCACACUAAGUGUUCGCGCUGCCAAUGAUCCGGGCAUUGUUGGGUCAAGCGUGAAAUCUAUCAUCAGCGAAUUCAAGAAGACAAGGCAAGAUACUUGGCAUAUUGAUGCAAAGGCUUUUACCCCUGACCAAUUGGAAGAUCUCUCUGGAGUACUUUGGAAGAGCUAUUUUGCUUAGCACGUCUAUCAACCCCGGAGGUCGUAGGGACGUAUCUGGACUUCAGACUCUCCUGGUGCUACCCAAGAAGACCGCUCGGACGAGUUUUGUAUACUAGUUGGAUUUUGGCAAGCGUUUGGUAGCGCAUUGGUGCAGAGGCUCUUCAUCAAUACCUCUGUAUUGUUUUAAUGAAGGAUGGAUCUCUUAUGAGGCUUCGUUUGUCCUCGUUCACUUGUCUUUUGUUGUUGGCAUUUAUGCUCUGGGAGGGCAUUAUUUUAGUCACCACAUUGUGUCUUGCUUGCUUAGUAUACUACCAUAUACAUGCGGUUGGUAAUAAAAAUUUCAGGAGGACUGUCCUUUAUUUCUUUAUCAUCAUCAUUAUUCUUAUUACUAUUUUGGAGAAUUUACUCUUGAUAG